CUGUAACACAGCGGGCAUGAGCAAUUUUUUCUUUAGUCUUUUCUAGUCGGCAGUUCGCUAUCAAAGUGAGAAUUGCCGCAACCAAUGUACUUACAUAUGAACGAGUACUUAACUCAAAGAGACUUGAAUUCAGUGGGUAUGGCAACACUGUAAUCAUACAGUGACAACGAAAGAGUUAUAUUUGACAGUUCUACAUUUCAAUUUCAAAAAGUAAAAGUUGAAAUGAUAAGAAAAUCUCUCACGGAAAGUGAUGCAAGGUCAAAUGAUAAAAGCAUGGAGUUAUCUUCAUCCGAUAUAAAUACUUCCCGCCUUCAGUGUUCUCAAUCCUCAUUGUCAAGUGAAGGUGAUCUGUCAUUUUCGUUAUCAAUUGAGCGAGAUUUAAAUGCACUUCUAAUCGAUGAUGAGCUUCCAGCAUUUGAAAUCAGGCUUAUAUCACCGCUUGGCCGUACUCCUUCACCUAUAGAUACCAACGCAGAAGAUUUACAAACACCAACGCGACUGCCGCAGGUAGAUGAUGAUUCUACGCCUAUUGCAUGCCAAAAUGCGGAUUUUGUUGCUCUCCACGAAAUCAACGCAUUGAUAAGUCCACCAGCUGAUAAUGAAGAAAGAAGAGAAAGCCUAAGCCGCUGUAAUAGCCUCGAAACAAUAUUCGAAGGUGUAUUUCUAAAUACCCCUCCUAAGAACGCAAGCAAUAUACGCAGAACUAAUUCAAUGCGGAGUAAUCUUAUCGAAAAGAAUUUUAUUAGUAGAAUGAACAAUGGCAAAGAAAAUCAAAUUCCAAAUGAUAAUGAUUCAAAUAGUCCAUCCAGGAACAACCAGCCCAAGUAAUAUAUUCCCGACGUUAAUGUACGAAUUAUUUAAAUUUUUUAAUAAAAUGUUUCCUAAAAUAAAGAGUUUAAUUUAUACGGCUAAUUAAAAUAAAUGUACCUCCAUUAUUAUUUGUAAAAAUUAAUAAAUACAACAGAUUUAUUAUUUAAA